AUGAAAUUGAUACUUCUAGUGAAAGUCUACAAGAUUCCAACAUUCAACAAGAUUACUCCAAAAAAAAUGAGACAAAUUUGCAAAGAAAAGAAUGUUAUGGAAUCGUUGCAAGAUAUUCCUAAAGUUCCUUCACACUAUUGUAGAGCAUGUACUAGCAGAAUAUAUGUUGACAACAGUAUCAUAACAACAAAUAACAUGUAUAGACUAUAAAUAAAGAAUGGUGCGAUGAUAGAAAGCAGUCAGUUGCUCAUAUUAAGUUGUUUAAAGUUGUUUUAGAAGCAGAGAAAAUUGGCAUACAUAAUAAGCAAAGGAAAGAUCAAUGUGAUACGUGCGUUGCACAUAAAAUGAAGACAAUAAGUACUAAAGAUUAUGAUCAGCACAUGUCAAAGCAGAAAGAAGGAAGACGAGCAAAAGAGUUAUUAAAAAAUAGCGCAAAUUCUGAAAAAUUGGUUCUCACAGUUGAUAUUCAAAGUUUCUUAACGUGCCCAAAAGUAUUAGCUUUCCAAUCGUAUUAUAAGCUCAAACUCCAAGUACACAACUUCACCAUUUAUUCUCUAAAUGAUAAAGAUGUCCAGUUGUACGUUUGGUAUGAAGCAAAUAGUGGAGUCAGUAGCAAUGAAUUUACAUCUUGUCUUAUAGAUUAUAUAAAUAAUAUUCCUGCUAACUAUCAAACUCUUGUAUUCAUCUCAGAUGGAUGCAACUUCCAAAAUCGAAAAAGAACUCUGGGUAGUGCUUUA